CUUUUAUUCAGAGCCGAUCAGUUUCGUUUCUCAGGAAAAGAUACCCAACCCUCGUGCCUGUAUAAAACCAGCCCAACGCAACGCAAGGCUCAUCAGUACACUACUUCUACAGACAAGAGAUGGGUCUCUUGACUGCUGCGUUGGUUGGAGGAGGAGCAGUCGGUGCCGUUGCAGCAGCUCCUUUAGUUCUGGGUGUUGUAGGUUUCACCUCAGCUGGAAUAGCUGUAGGCUCCUGGGCUGCCGGCAUGAUGUCUGCUGCUGCAGUGGCUAAUGGAGGAGCAGUGGCAGCUGGAAGUACAGUGGCUGUUUUGCAGGCAGCAGGUGCAGCUGGUCUGCCAGCAGUUGCCACUGCAGCGGUGGCCAGUGGAGGAGCAGCGUUGGGAUGGCUGACUGCAAUCCUCAUCUGAGAAAUCAAUGAAGAAACAAUGUUUUUACUUUUGCCAAAUGAAGAAGGCGACUGCAACUUACAUCUGUUCCCUUAUUAAACAGCACCUUUGUCAUCUCAGAAAACUGAAAUGUUGUGUUCAAUAAACCUAUCUCCGAUAAAAAGGAUGCUGGGUCAGUGUCAUACCUGUCAACAUUGGAAUUUCAAAUUAAGGGAAAUAUUUUAACGGCUCUCAGCCCCCCAGCCCCUACCUAUAUAAUGUAAAUGUAAACACAUAAGGGACGGGUAUAUACAUUCAGGAAAUGCAUGUUUAUAUAAAGUAUGUAUUUUAUUUUUUUGUCAUUAUAAAUUUAUUUGAUGAUUGAGUUGUGUGGCUUUUGUUUCCCCCACGAAAUAUAGUGUUGUGGAAUAUUCUUCUAUAUUAUAAUAAAGUUCUCGGUGAGAUGUUCAAUAAAGUUACGGAAAACUCG